AUGAAGCUCUCCCUCUUCACCUUCACGGCCAUCGUGCCAUUGGCUGCCGCACACUUCAAGCUGAUGUAUCCAACCUCUCGUGGCUUCGACGAGGAUACCAUGCCCAAUUUUCCCUGCGGUGGAAUGAGCCAGUCCUCCAAUCGUACAAAACUGCCACUGUCUGGUGGCUCAUUCCCCGUCGCUCUUCAGAUGCACCAUUCCCAGACUGCCGUCGAGGUCCUUCUUGCUCUGGGCAGUGAUCCGGGAGACAACUUCAACAUUGUCCUCUCGCCAACUUUCCAGGUCAACGGCCUUGGUGAAUUCUGUCUUCCUCACGUCGAGAUCAAUGAGAAGUUGAUCGGCCGUAACCUCACCAAUGGGAUGAACGCUACCCUUCAGGUGCAGACCAACGGUGACCCAAGUGGUGGUCUCUAUGCUUGCGCCGAUAUCCAGUUCUCUUCCGAUGUCACGUAUCAGACACCAUCUGCCUGUAGCAAUAACACCAAUCUCGCUGCCACCGCCUUCCCCGAGGCUUCUGCUGCACGUAAUGCCAACGAGUCUACUGCUGAGGGUCAGGCACAGAGCGGAUCCUCAUCCUCAUCCACUUCGACUUCGACUGCCUCUACUUCCACUUCCACCUCCACCUCCAAUGGUGCUGCUGUACCGAUGCAAACCGCCGCUUGGGGAUUUAUUGGUGCUGCUCUCGUUGGUGGUCUUGCUGUGCUGUAA